AUGGCACAGUAUGGGGGCACCAUGCCGAUGGCUGGCCCUCGCGCUGGGCAGCAGGUCGCUUAUGCUCAGCAACAACACCCCGUCGUUCCCAUGCAGGCAUCGAAUGCGCCCGCCGGCACCUUUUCCCCUGGCACCAAGAUCCAGGUCGGCGAGCAUCGAGUCGUGAUCCAAAAGUAUCUUUCCGAGGGUGGCUUUGCACACGUUUACCUGGUCAAGCUGCCCAAGCCCGUCGACGGCACCGACCUGGCCGUGCUGAAGAGAGUCGCUGUGCCGGACAAGGAGACUCUGCGCGGCAUGCGCACCGAGGUCGAGACCAUGAAGCGCCUCAAGGGCCACCGCCCCAUUGUGACGUACAUUGACUCGCACGCAUCCGAAAUGGCUGGCGGCCGUGGCUUCGAGGUCUUUUUGCUCAUGGAAUACUGCGACGGCGGAGGACUAAUCGACUUUAUGAACACCCGCCUGCAACACCGCCUGACCGAGCCCGAGAUCCUCAACAUCUUUACGGAUAUCGCUGAGGGUGUGGCAUGCAUGCACUACCUCAAGCCCCCGCUCCUACACCGAGACCUCAAGGUCGAAAACGUCUUGAUUACCAUGGUUGGGUCUAGGAGGAAGUUCAAGCUCUGCGACUUUGGCUCGGCCGCCGCUCCGAAGCCGGCACCUCAGAGCAUCGUCGAGUGCCGCCUCAUGGACGAGGAUGUUCAGAGGCAUACCACCAUGCAAUACCGCAGCCCCGAGAUGAUAGAUGUGUACAGAAAACUACCAAUAGACGAAAAGUCGGAUAUAUGGGCGUUGGGCGUCUUGUUGUACAAGCUCUGCUACUACACGACCCCUUUUGAGGAACAAGGACAGCUCGCCAUCUUGAAUGCCAGCUACAAGUUUCCAAGUUAUCCAGUCUUUUCUGACCGGUUAAAACAUCUCAUUGCUUCCAUGUUACGAGAGGAUCAGCGACAGAGACCAAAUAUAUACCAGGUGCUUAAAGAAGGGUGUCUCUUGCAAGGACGUGAGGUCCCAAUACACGACAUUUAUGCAAACCGGGCUGGUUCCGGAACAUCCCACUCAUCAUACCAAGCACCACCGAGUGGAAAGAGCACACCAGUUGUCGGUGCUGUAUUUGCGCCGCCACAAGAAGAAAAGCAAAAGAUUCCCGAGGUUGUUCCAAUGAGGCGUGGUAGGCUGCCCGCAGCAUCAGCCGCCCAACCUCCAGCACCACAACAGCAGGCCUCAAAGCCAAGCCCGUCUCCCAUGAAGAUCACCAAUGGUGAUCCUUUUGCGGCACUUGACUCCAAGUCAGGCGCAAAAUCGGGCAAGGCAGACGAGCUUUCAUCCAGGUUUCCCACUCUGGAUCAAUUCUCUAUCCUGCACGACCAAGGCUCCAAGUUUGAAUUUGACAGUCCGGUGUCACCGCCGCUUGAUGGCAGUCAAAGAGUGUCGGCGAGUGUAGCAGACGCUGCAUUCGCCAUGCCGCAGGGAACGUCUGCAGUGCCUCAAUCUUCCAACAGAUUGUCGGGCGACUUGAGUAGAGUAAAGUCUCUUGCCAACUCGACAACGACGCCUCCACCAGCUUCAGCCGGCAAACCACCAAUGACGCAACCAAAGCCAGAAGGGGGUCAAAUGAGCCGGGCUUCGGCAAUCAUCUCGAGCAAUCCUGAAUUGCAAGCCAUUGCAUCUCCCCCGCCCCAAAAUGUUUACCAAACACCAAGUCGUCCAGCAAUGGUUUCCACUGGUACCAUGACUAGCACGCCGCCCCCUCAGGAGCUGCCAAAGCGAGAUUAUCCUCCGAUAUACCGGUUCCCGUCUUCGGACCAUCAUCGGUCAUCAAGCUUACCGCGUCAGCCAGAGAUUGGCUCGCCACAGCUAAUGCUAGACGCAAAUCAACAGCCAAGGCCCGGCGCAAGCCAACGGGUUCCUUCCUUUCAAGCACAGGCUGGUCACUUGCGUCACCCUUCGUCCUCGAGACCAUCACUUGAGGGUGGCCGCCCCAGUGUAGAUCUCAUGGAACCUAUAUCAAAAUCCACUUCUCAGUCAGGACGCCCGAGACCGACCAGUACCUACUUGGAGUCCAAUUUGGAUUUCCUGCGAGAAAAGGAGGCAGCCCCUCGGCCCUUGAGAUCUCCCAAACUUACUGGCACUUCAAGAUCAUCUCCUGCUUUGGAUCCUCAAGAGGAUACGGUUAUUGAGUCCAACGUGGAAUUCCUGCGUUCAAUGGAGGAGACGGAUAAUAAAAGAAAAGACAAGAGUUCAAAACACAGCAAGCGGUCCAGCUUGACCUCGUUGUCUGGAACCAAGAACAUACUUGCUACUAAAUUCGGUGAUGCUUUCAAACGAUUCGAGGGUGGCGGCACCUCGCAACCUGCUCGUACGCCGUCGCCUUUCAAGGAUCUCGAUCGAAGCGAACUGACUCCCAUUGCCGGUUCCGAAGCCACGGACAGUAAGAGUGACGAUGGCAGACUCCUUGGAGAUCAAGAAGACAUGACACCGGAACAGCGACGAGAGGCCGAGGCGAAAGCCUUGGCAGAAGAAGAGCGCAGGGUUGAGGCCGCAGCUGCUGAAUAUCGCCAGCGAAUGGCCGUUCGGGAAACGGGUGGCUCGGCAACGGCACCUCCACGGAGCAUAGGCGGUGUAUCCCGAGCUGUCAGUAUCCAGAACAGAGUACAAAAUCUGUUGCAAGAGAGUCAAAAGUCUUCCAGCGCACCAAAGACGGCCGAGGGAUACGGUCGAUUCUCGGACGCAGCCGCGGCAGCGACUCGACCGGAAAAGGCCCUCCCGGACCUCCCCCGGAAGCCAGUCGGCAUGACUACUGGGAACCCUCCUGCGAAACCGACUACCCCAAAACCCAGCGCGCCUCCGAAACCUACCCACCUAAACAGUAUUCCCACAGGGGGCAGGAUAUCUCCGACCAAGCAACGAUCGUCUGCGCCGGCUGUGCCUGGCCAUAAAGCGGGCGCAACUGAACAGCUCGUGGGCCUCGGACUUCAGGGCCGACCAACUCUUGAUAUGACGGCCCAGGAGAAGGAGGAUUAUAUCCAGGACUUUAGCAAGAGAUUUCCGAGUCUCAGUGCCAUAGAAAUGGUUGAGCGUGAUCUUGGUGCUGCGGAUGCAAGGAAAGGGGGUCGUUGA